UUUUUUUUCCAUACCUCGUUGUGGCUCCUCCUCUUCGUUGCAGCAGCAGCGUGUGACCAGUUGGAUGCGGAACGGUCUCAGUGAACAGCUUCCGUCGCCAGGUUUCUGUAGAUUUGCGGAAAAAGCGUCGGGAUCAAGGUCUCCUGGGGAGUUGUUUACCGGGCGUUUCAUUUGCAUUCAAUUUUAAAUUAAACAAAGAUCGUCUUCAUUACCAUUGACAUUACUACCAUUCUUAUUCUUCUGAUUUUUAUUAUCUGUUUAAUUAUUUAUUUAUGUAUGAAUAGUUGUCUAAUUCUGUCUUCUUACUACUUACUUGUCUGUUGAUUUUCUACGUCGUGGUUGUGAAGUGAAGGCUCUGUGUGGACUAUUUGUUGAGUGGAGGUGUGGUGGUGGUGCUCUUGAGUAAUUAGUCGAUUUGUGCGGGGUUGCGGAAUUGGAUCGGUAGAGAGGAGAGGAACGAGUAACCAGGAAUCGCUAUAAUUAGAACAAUGUGGAGCUUCGUGCUCUCAUGAUUGUUAAAGUGGAGUUUCAGAGUUGAAUGAUUGCUGGUGGAGAUUAUCAUUUUUAUUUUUCUUCUACGGUGUCGUUUUUCUGUUUUGUAUCGGAUCGCAACAACGGAUGCGGCUGGAGAGUUUUUGCUGUGAAGAGUUUUGGUUGCGCGUAGUCGUUAAUGGUUACUGUAGCAGCAGUGUGGCCGAGAUUUAGCUGUCUGGAAGUUUAAUGCUCGAUGGCUGCUGCUUCUGUUGAAUAUACAGGCGGGUUGGAAUUGUUCUGAAGGCCUAGCAAAGAAGAGCUUCAGCUGCUCUGAUGGUUAAUGUUGUCCACAUGUGAACACCGCUCUGCUUUUCAGCGUUGUUCGACGUUCUUUUUCUUGGCAAUUUCCACAUUUUUUGGCGUGUUUUUGACGUUGGAUCGGGGGUGCUCUUGAGUUAUUAGCCUCCUGAGUAUCGAAAUCCAAUCCGUCUUUGUUCGGAAGACUUUGCUCGUCUAUGCCUCGGGAAACAACGGAGCACAUUCUCAGUAGAAGCAGGUACUAGAACAUUUGAGGAGGAGCUCCGGAUAGGGAUGUGUCGUGACUGCAUACCAAACCAGGAAAUGGACUAAAGUUUUGCUUUGAAGUUUGUCCAGGAUGGUCUUCAAGUUUUACAGCUCAGUUUUCGUGGACUGUCCGAUGUGACGAUGUUGCAAGCCUAGUAAUAAUAACGAGACGUUUUAGGUCGAUAUAUCCGUCAAUACUUGUGCGAGGAAUUCUGUGGCUUCGGCCUAGAUUCUCCAAGUACAAUGUUGGAUGCUGUGGAACAAGUUUCAAGGAAUUUAUCGAAGGUCGGAACUCCCACAAAGCAUCUUCAAGCUCAUCUUGCAGGUCUCAAGCGCUUGUCCGCCCGCGCGAGUGCAGGGCCUGUUACUCCGCCAGGCACUCGCCGGGUCUUUUUCUCCUUCUCUGCGUAUGCCCGCAACGUUGUAGACAAAUUGAAGAGUUGCAAAGUCCCCAUAUCCGAAGGUCUCUCUGAUGAAGAGUUUGAUAAAAUUGAAGCAACAUUUGGAAUCACAUUCCCUCCAGACUUGAAAGGGAUCCUCCAUGAGGCUCUUCCUGUCGGAGCAGGCUUUCCCAACUGGCGAGCUGGUAGUCGUGAUCAUCUCAGCAUGCGCAUCAACCUGCCCAUCGUUGGGCUUUUACGUGAAGUCGCUAAUUCCAGUUUCUGGUGGAAAGCAUGGGGUCCAAGGCCGACGGAUACCAAACUAGCCGUCAGAGUUGCUCGUACUGCUUUACGCAGAUCUCCAAUCCUUGUUCCCAUAUAUGGUCAUUGUUAUAUCCCCUCUUCGCCUGGUCUUGCCGGCAAUCCUGUCUUUUUCGCGUACCAGAAGAACGUCGUCUUCUGCGGGUACGAUGUUGCAGACUUUUUCGACCGUGAAGGUUUCCUGCUACACAAAUUCGAGUUCGGUGAUUUGAUGUAUGACAUGGGUAGUUUCAGAAACGAGAAAAACAUUGAAGGUGGAACUUUAGAUCGUGUUAGUAGGGAGCUGCAUCAAUCAGAUAGUGAAUCUGUGCACCGUAGCUCGAAUUCCUCAUUUGGGACAGAUGUGUCGGAAGCAUCAGGGUCUGGGAGCUCCAGCGGCGAAGGAGAAACAUGGGGUCGGAGUUUGGAUGUUCUUGCUAAAAAUAUUGAGCUCUUGGUGAGUCCGCGUAUGGGAAAGCUUCACAGCGGGGGAUUAGAGUGUUUGAAUUCCAGCCGUAGCGCAAGCCGGCAGCUCAGCUUUUCAAGAAGUUUUGAUCGACGAUCACAAGAAUCAGACCUAUCACAAGAUUUCGAGAGCUCUGAUGAUAUUACGAAGUAUCCUCACAUUGUGGAGAAAUCUCUUCCUUCAGAGAUCUUGAUAAACGUCUCCAUGGUCCAACGGGAUGCUCGAACUUCUCGACAUAUUGAGUUCUGGAGCGAUCUCGCGGAAAAGGUGCACAAACAAUUUGCUGUGCAUGGUGAAAGUUUCUUUUCCCCUGAAAAGAUUGUUUCCGAUUCAUCGAAGCGUAGUUCAAGUCCAGUGAAGAAGCAUCCAGAAAGGGAUCGCAUGGAGGAAAAGAACGAGGCGCAAUCGUUGAGGUGGUUAAAUGGAUAUCUGGACGAGAUAUCUCUGGUUCUUCGGCAGGGCGGUUGGCGGGAGGACGAUAUAAACGACAUGAUUGUCUCAGAACCUCCAUCGCAACGUUGGAACCAGCAGCUUGAUGAGAAGGUGUACAGUACUGCUUGGAGAUGGAGCACUGCAACAAAUUUUCCCAUGUUUCACCAGCAAGCUUGUAAAAUGCCAACCAACUCAAUUUCUUGAGAUUCAUUCGCCAGCAUUCGAUAAUAAUGACUUCUGGCUGAUUGUGAAUUUUGUAAUCUUCUGUACACACCGUAGGUGCAGAGUGUGCUCACAUGCAAAAACUCGACCUGUGGGGGCUCUUAAGCUACUUGGAUAUUUUUGGUCACCUUCAAGUCAAAAUAGAAGACGGGAUUUUCAUCUAGCAUUAUUUUACGCCUGGAUGAAUAUAUCGACCCCUUUUACAUGCAGUGGAAUAUAUUAGCACCUCAACAGAGUGUGUCGUAGAUAGUAGCGGGGCUCUGAUUAGGGCAGUGGGUUAGAAAGCCCAUUAGUAGGGUUUGUCCUUCACACUUUGGCGUCGCAUUCAAAAAAAGUUUUCCAGUUGGAGAUCCUGUACAGCAUCAACACCUUUGAAGCUCUUCGGAUGGCAACACAUCUUCAGAGCACUCUGCUUUGUAAAGUGUGCUCAUUUGUUCUGAAGAAGGAAUGAAGGCCCCGUGUUAACAUGCAUCAGUUUCGAGGGUCCUCGCUUGGUGACCUUUGGGGAAAUCCGAGGAAACCUUGAACAUUCUAUGCCUUGCUUGAGUCUCACUCAAAUAUAGUUCAAGAAUUUGAAGUAAGCAACUCAAAUUAACAAUGUGCUGUUCUAUAACGGCACAUGCAGAACACACAAUUUUGAUGGGGUCAGUACACAAGAUUUCCAGUUUGUAUCACAUUUGCAUAAUGGUGUACAACAUCAUUAGAUAAUUAAGAUUUGAUGAACUAUGUCUCUGCUUUCAA